GCCAGGGUCCGCCACUUUAUUCAGUUGUCUUUCAGUAAACAUGUCAGAAUUAUCGUUUAAAGACAAGGUUGUUAUCAUCACCGGAGCCGGAGGUGGCUUGGGUAAGCACUACGCGUUGGAGUACGCCAAGAGAGGCGCCAAAGUCGUGGUCAACGAUUUGGGAGGUGCUCUCAAUGGCCAGGGAGGCGACUCCAAGGCGGCAGACGUGGUUGUGGAAGAAAUCAAGAAGAACGGAGGUGUGGCCGUCGCCGACUACAACAACGUGCUUGACGGAGCCAAGAUUGUCGACACUGCUGUCAAGGCUUUCGGCACUGUGCACGUGGUGGUCAACAACGCUGGUAUCUUGAGAGACACCCAGUUCAAGAAGAUGGACGAGAAGACGUUCCAGCUCCUCAUCGAUGUCCAUCUCAACGGUGCCUACAAGGUGACCAGAGCCGCAUGGCCCUACUUCAGAAAACAGAACUUCGGUAGAGUCAUCAACACCGCAUCGCCAGCAGGAUUGUACGGAAACUUUGGCCAGGCCAACUACUCGGCCGCCAAGUUGGGAUUGCUCGGUUUUGCCGAGUCUCUCGCCAAGGAGGGUGAAAAGUACAACAUCAGAGCCAACACCAUCGCACCAUUGGCCAGAUCCAGAAUGACUGAGUCGAUUCUUCCACCCCCAAUUUUGGAGCAAUUGAACCCUGAAAAGGUUGCUCCUUUGGUGUUGUACUUGUCUCACGAAGAGAACAAGUUGAACGGUGAAACCUUCGAGGUCGCAGCCGGUUUCUACGCCCAGAUCAGAUGGGAGAGAUCCGGAGGUGUUUUGUUCAAGCCAGACGCUUCCUUCACCGCUGAAGCAGUUGGUGCCAAGUUCGAAGAGAUCUUGAACUUCGACGACUCCGCCAAGCCUGAGUUGUUGAAGAACCAACACCCAAAGAUGCUCAACGACUACCAGUCGUUGACUAACGCUGCCAGAGAAUUGAAGCCUUUCGACGCUUCUGGCAUCUCCAAGAUUUCAUUGAAGGACAAGGUGGUGCUUAUUACUGGUGCUGGUGCCGGUUUGGGACGUGACUACGCCUUGUUCUUCGCCAAGUACGGUGCUAAGGUCGUGGUCAACGAUUUCAAGGACGCCUCUAAGGUGGUCGACGAAAUUAAGGCUGCUGGCGGUGAGGCCCACGCCGACGUCCACGACGUCGCUAAGGACUCUCAGGCCAUCAUCGACAACGUCAUUGGCAAAUACGGUACCAUCGAUAUCUUGAUUAACAACGCCGGUAUUUUGAGAGACAAAUCGUUCGCCAAGAUCACCGACGAAGAGUGGUACUCCGUGCAAAACGUCCACUUGUUGGGUACCUACAACUUGACCAGAUUGGCCUGGCCUCACUUCUUGGAGAAGAAGGCUGGUAGAGUUAUCAACAUCACCUCCACUUCUGGUAUCUACGGUAACUUCGGCCAAACCAACUACGCUUCGGCCAAGGCCGCCAUUCUUGGUUUCUCCAGAACCAUUGCCAUUGAAGGUGCCAGAGCCAACAUCAAGGUUAACGUGGUCGCUCCUCACGCUGAGACUGCCAUGACCUUGACCAUCUUCAGAGAAGGUGACAAGGGCUUGUACCACCCAGACCAAGUCGCCCCAUUGUUGGUCUACUUGGCCUCUGACGAGCUUGAAGUCACUGGUGAAUUGUUCGAAGCCGGUGGAGGCUGGAUCGGUUCCACCAGAUGGCAAAGAGCCAAGGGUGCCGUCUCCAGAGAUGCUCACCCCACUCCAGAAUUCAUCAGGGACCACCUUUCCGAAAUCACCGACUUCACCCAAGGCACUGCCAACCCUAAGUCCACCACCGAGUCCUCCAUGGCCAUUCUCAACGCUGUGGACCCAGGAGACGAUGACGAGGACGAAGAGGAAGAUGAAGACGAUGACGAAGAAGAAGAUCCUAUCUUCAACUACGGUGACAAGGAAGUUAUCUUGUACAACAUUGCUCUUGGUGCCACCGCCAAGGAGUUGAAGUACACCUACGAAAACGACCAGGACUUCGAAGUCAUUCCAACCUUCGGUCACUUGCCAACCUUCAACUCCCAGAAGUCGCAGACCUCGUUUUCCAAGUUGUUGAAGAACUUCAACCCUAUGUUGUUGUUGCACGGUGAACACUACAUCAAGGUUGAAAAAUGGCCAAUCCCAACCGAGGGCAGUGUCAAAACUUCCUACAACCCAUUGGCCAUCACCCAAAAGGGUACCAACACUGUGGUUGUCCACGGAUCCAAGUCUGUUGACUCCAAGACCGGAGAGGCAUUGUUCACCAACGAGGCUACUUUCUUCAUCAGAAAGUGUGAAGGUGAAACCAAGACCUACGGUGAAAGAAAGGCCUUCGCCACCUCUCAGUUCAACGCUCCAAAGUCUGACCCAGAAUUCACCACCGAAAUCAAGAUUUCUCCAGACCAAGCUGCUUUGUACAGAUUGACCGGUGACAGAAACCCAUUGCACAUUGACCCUAACUUUGCCAAGGGUGCCAAGUUCGAUGCUCCAAUUUUGCAUGGUAUGUGUACCUACGGUUUAGCUGCCAAGGUGUUGCUUGACAAGUUUGGUCCAUUCAACGAAAUCAAGGCCAGAUUCACCGGUAUCGUUUUCCCAGGUGAAACCUUGAGGGUUGUUGCCUGGAAGAAGGGAGACGUUGUCACUUUCCAAGUCCACGUUGUCGAAAGAAAGACCAUUGCCAUCAACAACGCUGCCAUCAAGUUGAUCUCCGACAAGGCCAAGAUCUGAUUGGACGAUGAUUUAUGAAAUGAAAAUGAACUCAAUUGAUUUCAGUUCAACUGUUGGAUCCUGCUUGUAGCCGGAAUUUAUAUACUAUCAAUAUUAUUUAUUUGUGACA